AUGUUUAAGCACAACAUGUUGAAAAGAAAAGCUUUAUAUACAAAGAAGAAAAUCCAUAUAUGUAUUUAUUUUUCAUCUCAUUUUAUACAAAUGCAAUAUGUUUGUUUGUUUUUAUUUGCUUCUCUUCUGUUAUGGGCUCCUGUUAUGUACCAGGUGGCAGCUGUUGGAUUUCUACCAACAAGUGAAUGUGGUCACCAUUGGUUCAACCAUCCGGGGCAGGGAAAAUCCUACACUGAUUUAAUAAAAAUUGGGCAUCCCCCAUCGAGUUUCUUUCGGGGAGGGAGCAAGGGAUGUCUGCAUGGAACCAAAGAGCUAGGAAAUCCAUCAGAAACAAAAACCCCGUAUGUACAAUGUUACACUGCCAAGGACAUAGCAAUACUGAAAAUUUACAGGUAUGGCCCUCCUUCCUCCAUUUUUUAA